AUGUUUUCUUGAUCCACUUGCGGCCAAACAGCAAUAAAUACGUAUUUUACUAUCGAUAUCAGAAAACAACCGAAUACAUUUUCUCAUCUCACGCACGUGUUAGAAGAAAAUUAACCGAUGUUUAUUAAACGUUCAAUGCUUUGUACGUUUCCAUACGUUUCAUCUUACUUGUAGAGCUGCACCUAUUUAUAUUGUUUAAUGAUACACUUCUAUUAUUUCUGUGAAAUAUCGGAAUUGUCCUAACGUCAUUCUAUCAAACCAUGUUUUUCUUUAUCUCACGAAGUAAUUCUUUUUUCUAACGUAAAGUGUCUGUCUCUCGACGGAAGAACUGCAUACGUACUGCUUCGUACUGUAACCCAUUUGCAUAAAUAACGUCGAUAGAAAUACAGCAUGAACACUGCAGGUUCUCAAAGAUUCUACCGUAGCAAUCAAAAUAUCCACCAUUCCCUGACAACGAAUAUUUAUUGAUACCAUGUUCUAUACAUAUCUUUUGGGUUAAAAUGGCUUGCCAUCAGCCUAACUAGAGCUGUCAAUUCGCGUUUAGAUAAUACUUACGCGGAACAUGUACUUAUGUUACGUCUGCUAGUUAGUAACAACCUGUGUUGCACCGAAUGCGCCGGGCAAAGAAGAAGAGUGACAUGAUAAAUUCUUUAUUGAUUUUCCGUGGCGGGAAUUCGAAGAGGGAAGCUCGACAUUCAAAUGAGUGUGUGAUACGAAAGAGAAACAGUCUCCUUAGGAAAUAUGGAUCGCUUCCAAACGGACUGUAGAUAUGAUUGUUACAAGCUAUGUAGAAAACUUUUGCUACUCAGUGGUUUGUGGCCUUAUGACAAGUUCAGAAACAGGCUGCUUCAUAUGGGUGUUAUCAUUGUGUGUGAUAUUUCUAUUAUGUUUGUACAGAUAGCAAACUAUUUCGUCUGCGACACAAUACAGUGCGUUUUUAAAACUUUACCUAUGAAUAUGAUGACGGGAAUAGUGUUGGUGAAAAUAUUCACGUACCAUUUUAAUAGGCAGAAGAUUAAAGGCAUCUUAGAACACUUGCACUCAGACUGGAAUGUACUGCGUUGUGAAGAAGAAUUUGUUAUCAUGAAGAAAUACGCUGAAACUGGUAGAUCCUACUCGUUUUACUAUGCUACAAGCAUAUAUUCGAUUUCCUUUAUAUUCGGAUGCAUGGUUCUCGUGCCACGUUUCAUGGACAUUGUAUCUCGUUUGAAUGAAAGUCGUCCGAUAAUAUUGCCGUGUCCGGCAAACUACUUCGUCGACGAGGAAGAAUAUUUUUAUUAUAUUUUUGUCCAUCUGAUAAUCGGUGCUUUUGUAUGUAUUACCGGAUUGGUCGCACACGACUGCAACUUCUUCACUUUCGUCGAGCACGUUUGCGGUCUCUUCGAAAUUGUGGGCUUCAGAUUUGAACAUUCGUUAUAUAAACGAAAUAUUACGGAAAAAAGCUUAAUUGAGUUUUCGGAUAACAUUUAUGUCAAAAACAUCGAGUUUUCCAUUGAAUCUCACCGGCGGGCCCUCCAUUUCGCUGCCCUGCUCGAAAACACUUUCUGCUUAUCCUUCGCAGUACAACUCUUGAUAGUUACGACCGGCAUGAGCAUAACUUUAUUACAACUGUCGUCAGAAUUGCAGGGUGACAUGAUAGAAGUGGUGAGAAUCGUUCCUUUUGUAAUUGGUCAAUUGGGCCAUUUACUUAUUUAUAGUUACGAGGGGCAAAAGAUGAUAAAUCAUAGUCUUGAGUUAUGCCAGAAAAUUUAUAAUGGUUUGUGGUACAACAUACCAGUGAAAUCGCAACGGCUGCUGUUAUUCGCGAUGAGGAAGACCAUAGAGCCUAGUUUUGUGUCCGCUGGAAAAGUUUACAUAUUUUGCUUGGAAAGUUUUACUUCGGUAAAGUGUUGCAAUGCUCGCUCUCGUACUUUACGGUAUUGUCAACUUUCAACGAGCCAUAAUGGAGUAGAUGGUUCUAGUAACGCGUCUAGUGAAACAACUCUUCAACAUAUCGCAAAAGUGACGUUACGAGCAAUAUGAGAUAACCGUAUCUUUCCAAUAUACUUGAUAUGUUUCCUUGAGCCACUUGCGGCCAAACAGCAAUAAAUACGUAUUUUACUAUCGA